AUGGCGGCUGUUGUGGAUACUCCAGAAGUAGACAAGAUUUAUACUGAGAAGGAUUGGAAUGAAAUUUCAUCAGUUCACAAAAAUCCAUACUAUUACUCCAAAGUAUGUGCAGAGAAAGCUGCUUGGGAAUUUAUGGAACAAGUAGAACAAGAAGAAGGAAAGGACUUUUUAGAAAUGGUCACCAUUUUACCAAGUACUGUGAUAGGAGAAUCGAUAUUGUCUUGUCAUGUGAGUGUGAGUCAUGAAAUGGUGAAGAAAAUUACUGAAUUUCCAGCAUUGGUGGCAUUGACUUUUGAGUUUAUUCAUGUCAAGGAUGUUGCAAGAGCACAUGUCUUGUCGAUGGAAUCUAAAACUCUGACCUGUCAUCCCUCAAAAAGGGAACGUUUUUUAAUUUGUGGAGAAACAGUGACUUUGAGACAAGUGAUUGAGUUUAUGAGGGAACAUUUUAAAGCUAAAUCUGAUAAGAAGUGGUUCAAAAAGAUGCCAACUCUCUCAUUGGAAGGAUCAUUCGGGAGUGGAUUGAUUAAGGUUGUAGCUGCGUUAUUUGAAAGCAAAGAUGUGAUACAGUAUUUGAAUUCCAAUAUUGGAAAACCUUUGUAUUUCGAUACUUCCAAAGCAAAGAAGGAGUUAGGAAUGGAUUUUAAGGACUGGAAGAGUCAAAUAGUGGAAACCAUUGAAUUUCUAAUCAAACAUGGUUACAUUAAGGACGAAUGA